CAUCGCUUGCUGUGGGUCACGUGAGCUGGCAGCCAGGGACAGAGCGAGCCUCUACAGCGCGCAUGCGCAGUCUGCAUCGAGCGAUUGAUGGUUCAUCCAUCGGCUUGUGUGUGUGUCUGAGCUCCCGAUCAGCUGCACUUCUCUGUGUGCCUUGGUGCAGCUGGAAGUUUUACAGUAAGAUCGCCGAGGUCAAGGGAUAUUAUUGAAGCUCGUCGUUAUAAAUAUGUCUACAAACAAAGUGAAGAAAGUGAAAAUGGCCACCAAAUCAUGCCCGGAGUGUGACCAACAGAUUCCUGUGGCUUGUAAAUCCUGUCCUUGUGGCUAUAUCUUCAUAAGCAGAAAGCUUCUCAAUGCCAAAUUAAAUGAGAGGUCUCCAGUAAUGGACAAAUUGGACGCAAAGAGAAGACGAACAGAAAGAAUUAGGAAAGAGAAGAUAAACUUAACAUCUACCAGUGAUAUGGAAAAUAGAAGGGGACCCCGUUCCAACAGUCAGUCAGAUCCAAUCCGCAGAGGAAGAGGCAGACCGAAAACUGUUGGACUGAAGAAGCAGGAGGAAGAAAAAGAAAAACAGGAAAAGGAGGUUGACAUUUAUGCCAACCUCUCCGAUGAGAAGGCUUUUGUGUUCUCGGUGGCCUUGGCUGAGAUUAACCGCAAAAUUCUGGGCCAGAGACUCAUACUGUAACAGGCGUUGGAAACAAUUGCAGCUAAAACUCAGGACUCUUACUACGUGGCUGUGUGGGUGUCCCAUAUGUCUGUGUAAAAGCGGGUGGGAAACUCUGACCCGGAAAGGCUUAAACCCUGCCUGUGUGGCCGAAGCUCAGUGGUGCUACCGUGAAUUGGUGAGAUUUCAGAAGCCCGGUUUGUGUAUGAGGGAAAAAUGACUGUUAUCCUUCUCAUGAGUAAGAAGUGUAGUAAUCAUUAGUGGUGUAGGAUUCUAUUUUAUUGACAAUUUUAUGGAAUGUAUUAAAUGUUGCUACCAGUCGUUUCUUAAAAUUUCAAGCUGAACAGUGGGUUCACCAAAAGAGUGCAAAUUAUGACUGGUGCCAUUAUUCAGACUUGUAAGUGGAUCUGUUCCAAUAUUUGUUUAUUUAGGUGCCAGUGAGCCAUAUUUUAAAAGUAACCUGGAGCUGAACCCAAGGAAAUGCCGGAUUAAUGGUUAUUUAUUAUGCCUCAACCACCUUAAUUUAAGUGUGUAUUUUAUUUUUCCCUUUUAGUAUUGUUUUACGAAUGGUGCAGCGUACAUGUGUAAUAUUCAUCUUGUAUAAAUAUAUAUUAAAUUCAAUUGCAUUGAAA